AUGGGCCCACUAUGUAGAAGCUACGUGACGGUCACUAUCACCACUCAAAUGGUGCACCAGAUACUUAAAGAAGUUAAUGAGAUAAGAAUGAGGGUCGCCUCUGGCAAGGAGACUGGGAAAGAUGGACAUCCCCUACCAAGGGCCUAUGGAAUGAUGAAAUUGUUCUGGGACAGUGAACUCGCGACGUUGGCUCAAGUGUUAGCUGACCAGUGUAUGGGACUGAAAGAGGAUGAAUGCAGAGCUACUGACACAUUCUCGAAUCCAAGUCAAAUAAUAACCCUGAUUAACUUCAAAGUGCCAAACUGGGACUAUUUGAGCCGUAACACGACAGUGCGAGGGUUGAAUAAGGAGAAGAUCAGCUUUGCCAUAGAGAAAGCCAUGAAGUCUUUACACGCAGUGAAGAGGCUGGUCACUGCUAACACUGUAUAUGACUGUCCUGCUUUGGAGUCAAUUCCAGAUAUGGGUUCUAGGAGUUACUUAAAGCUAAUUCGUGGCAAAGCAACUCACAUUGGAUGCGGCAUAUCGGCGUACAGAAGAUUCCAAAUGUUAGCCAGUGGCGGACAAAAUAUUUACAAUAGCAUCCAACUAGUCUGCAAUCUAUCUGACGAGCCCCAAAAGGGGCAACCACUAUACACCACAGACCCUCCGAUACCAGGAACCGGUUUCACGGAAACCUGCGGCUGCCCUCAAGGGUACAGGGAGACCACUGGCUGUCUCUGUGAAAGGAAUCCACAUAUGCACAUCAGUAAAUCAAAGACCUUAAUAUAG